AACGAAGCCCCUGGGCUGAGGGUCUGCGACGGAAAACAUGAAACUGAAGAGCCUCCUGCUGCGCUAUUACCCGCCAGGAAUUAUGUUGGAAUAUGAAAAAUGUGGAGAAUUAAAGACCAAGUCCAUUGACCUGCUUGAUCUCAGCCCUAGUACCGAUAUCAGGGCCUUAGUAGACGAGAUCCAGGAAGCAGAGCCUCUGAUCACAGCUUCCCGAACAGACCAAGUGAAACUCUUAAUCCAGAGGCUGCAAGACAAACUCCGGCAGCACAAGGACCACCAGUUCUACCUCUUUAAGGUCCUCAGAGCCCAUAUCCUGCCACUGACCAAUGUUGCUCUUAACAAGUCAGGCUCCUGCUUUAUCACCGGAAGCUAUGACCGGACGUGCAAACUCUGGGACACGGCCUCUGGAGAGGAGCUGCACACACUAGAGGGCCACCGAAACGUGGUCUAUGCCAUAGCCUUCAACAAUCCCUAUGGUGACAAAAUUGCCACUGGUUCCUUUGAUAAGACGUGUAAACUCUGGAGUGCAGCGACAGGAAAGUGCUACCAUACUUUCCGGGGUCACACGGCAGAAAUAGUGUGCUUAUCGUUUAACCCCCAAAGCACCUUGGUGGCUACGGGCAGCAUGGACACGACAGCCAAGCUCUGGGACAUUCAGACCGGAGAGGAAGUGUUCACGCUGAGGGGACACUCGGCGGAAAUCAUCUCCUUGUCCUUCAACACGGCCGGAAGCAGGGUCAUCACCGGCUCCUUUGAUCACACCGUUUCCGUGUGGGAUGCUGAGACUGGGAGGAAGGUGUAUAAUCUAAUCGGUCACUGUGCGGAGAUCAGCAGCGCUCUGUUCAACUGGGACUGCUCUCUAAUAUUGACCGGUUCCAUGGACAAAACCUGCAUGCUGUGGGACGCUGAAAAUGGAAAGUGUUUGGCAACCUUAACAGGCCACGAUGACGAAAUACUAGAUAGCUGUUUCGAUUUCACUGGCAAGUUUAUCGCAAUGGCAUCGGCUGAUGGAACGGCAAGAGUUUUCAAUGCUGAUACAAGGAAAUGCAUCACUAAACUGGAAGGUCAUGAAGGAGAAAUCUCAAAGAUUUCUUUCAACCCUCAAGGGAACCGCCUGCUGACUGGCAGCUCGGACAAAACAGCGCGCAUCUGGGAUGCGCACACCGGCCAGUGCCUGCAGGUCCUGGAGGGGCACACGGACGAGAUCUUCUCCUGCGCUUUCAACUACCGAGGGGACAUCAUCAUCACAGGCAGCAAGGACAAUACCUGUAGGAUCUGGUGCUGACAGAGGGGAACCAGUCCCGCACCCACUCACGCUGGCUGGCCGUGCUGAUGGAGGCUGGGAGCUUCAGAGCGAGCA